AUGUCCUUUUCUGGCAUCCAUUUCAUCAGCAGUGCUAUGGGUGAAACAGAUGAAUACAACGACAUCAUCAGGAGAAAUCUUGUUGUUCCGAAAAGAACAAUGACCAUCGAUCUCCCAAUCAACAGUGUGAUGGAACCCGAAGAUGAAUCAUCCAUAGACGAGGAAGAAGAAGACUACAAUGAGUCGUCAUCGUUGACGUCACUGUCACUGUCACUGGAAGCACAAGUAAUCAACAAGAAUUCAAUCGCACAAUGCCGGAUGAUGGAACGAACCAAGAUCCAACCGACGGUCAUCAAGAUUGGUUGGAUGGCCUUUGGUCAGCUCAAAUCUCUUGUACAGGUUUCCUUUUGCACGCAAGGCUCCCAGCUACGAGAGAUUUCAUCCUGCGCCUUUAUGGAGUGCACAUCUUUGCAAGUGAUAUCCUUGCCAGAUUCGUUGGAACGGAUCUCGUUCGGAGCCUUUGCGGCUUGUGUCAAUUUGACGACUGUGGAAGGAAAACUGAACCAAGGCAUUACCAUUGACGCUUUUGCCUUUCGCAAAUGUGAAUCACUAUCAAAUAUUCUGGUUCCAUCCACAGGUACUGUUGAUAAGAGGGCUUUUGAAGGAUGUACGCGGUUGCAGGAAUGCUUGUGUGGAGUCGAGAGCGUUGUCCAUGCUUCAACUUAUUGUCGAUUUGAAAAAUAUCCUAUUCACAAGCUAUGUUACUAUUCAUCGACCGCAAGUGUCGAAGAGUUAUUGAAAGCAAUGGAUAAUAUGGAAGACGAAGAACCACCUUUGAUAGUUUGUGACAUGUUCCUCAUGACGCCAUUCCAUAUCCUGUGCUCUUGUGCCGAGCCUCGCCGAGAUUUGUUGCAAGCGCUGUUACAAAAGUACCCAUCCCAUGUUCUUGGUUGGAAAGAUGCCAACGGCAAGCGAGCCAUGGACUAUCUCGCAAUUAAUUGGACUCCUGAAACGGCAUCUUUACUUCAGAUGGCCCUCCAAGUCUGGAUGCUCCAUCCAAUCCAGCGCUGGGGCGCCACAGCAUGGUUCAAUAAUAUGGAAGAUAAAGUGAAUGCUAUUCUUGUCAAUUAUGACAAGGAUAACAGAACAGAUUUGUUGAGGAAAGCUUGCUUAAAAAUGGACGACCAUCGAAGGAAUGAAAGCAUGACGAUAUUGGAGCUGGCAAUGUGGAACAAAGAGCUUGGAUCCGCGGAACGACGGAAUUCUAGCAGUUCUCGGCGACAUCUUGUUCUAAACACAUGUGAGUCGAGUUGUGUGCUCUCAAACGUGGCUCCUUUCCUGGGCUUUGAUUCGGAUUAUAAGCAAAAUUUAUAUAGUUAG